AUGGAUUCCCGGCCAAUCUCCAUUGCUGCACCAAAAAAGCUUCACAUAGCCAUGUUUCCAUGGCUAGCCUUCGGCCACAUCAUGCCCUUCUUACAACUUGCCAAGCUCAUUGCCCAAAAGGGUCACCACGUUUUCUUCAUUUCCACCCCUAGAAACAUCCAUCGUCUCCCUAAUCUCCCUCCGAACCUUCUCCCGUUCAUAACUUUCGUCAAGCUCCCGUUACCCGGCGGUGACGGAAACCUGCCGGAAAACGCAGAGGCAACCAGCGAUAUCACUCUAGACAAAAUGCCUUAUCUCAAGAAGGCCUACGAUGGACUGCAACACCCCUUGAGUCUCUUCCUGGAAUCCUCUUCUUCUUCUCUGGAUUGGAUUAUCUACGACUUUGCUUCCUUCUGGUUGCCUCCCAUGGCGGCUAAGUUCGGAGUCCGACGAGUUUUCUUCAACAUCCUAACUGGGUGGACGAUGUGUCUGUUUGGGUCAACGACUGACGCCAUGGUCAACGGGGAGGAUCCAAGGACUCAGCCGGAGCAUUUCACUGUUACUCCCAAAUGGGAGUUUCGGAUCUGUACCGUCUCGGCUCGGUCAUUCAGGGCUGUGAUGUUUUGGCGUUAA